CUAUGUGCUGCUGGGCGGGGGUUCCUCUCACUGGAGGCUGCUGAUGUGGGUAUUCUCAUCUUUUCUGUGUGUUUCACCAUCGGUACUCUUUACCAGCAGUUGUUUAAUCAAUUUGUAAUAGAGAAGACUCAGUAGGAGAAAAUGUCAAAUCUAAAAAUGAAAGAGGCCGCCCUUAUCUAUCUUGACAGAAGUGGAGGCCUCCGAAAGUUUAUAGAUGAUUGCAAGUUCUACAAUGAUUCAAAACAAAGUUAUGCAGUCUAUCGAUUCAGUAUUUUAAUAAAUCCCUCUGAUAUUGUUGAAUUGGAUGCUGAACUUGGAAAUUACAUUUUACACCAGCCACUAAAAGCUGCUCAAGUUUUUCAAUCUGUCUGUUUUAUUGCUGUUAAGACUCUUUCACUAAUUGGACAAUUACAGACUGAAGCUCAAAUUAAUAUAGUGCUGAAGUUAACACAUUUACCUCCUCUGCGAAGUUAUAGUCUUGAUCUUUGUGAAUUUCCACUUGAUUAUGCAUCUCAAAGAUUUUAUAUGAUGCAAGGUAUUGUGAUUGCAAUGACAACUGUAACCAAGUACACACAAGGUGCAAGAUUUCUUUGUUCAGAUGAAGCAUGCCCUCUGUCGAAAGGAUUUGAGUAUAUAAGAGUGCAUGUGCCUGGUGCUACUGAAUCUGCAACAGUAAGAAAUGACUUUUUGUGUAAUCUGUGUUCAUCUUCACUUCAAGAAGACAGAAAAUUUAGAGUACUUGGUGAUAAACAGAUAGUUGAAAUAAUCACAGCAAAGGCACUUCAUGCUUUUCAAGGAUAUUCCAAUAACCAGCCAUUUAGGUUUCAAUCUCUUACAAUUUUUCUAAGGGAUGAAUCUGUGAGUAAAAUGAAUAUAGGAAAUGAGUAUAAAAUUAUUGGAAUUCCAACCUGUGUAAGAACUUCACAAACUGCUGUCUGUAUAGAGGCAAACAGUAUCAUUUCUUGUAAUCCAGAAGUUCCUUCAGGAAUAAGCGACAAUUUUAGGUAUCUCCUCUCUUUGACUUCCAGCUCAUGCUGGAAAUUUACAGCGAUACUUGCCAAUAUCUUUGCAUCACAAAUUGUUCCUCCUGGGACUUACAAUUUGCUCAAGCUAUGUUUGCUGAUGAGUCUAGUACAGACAAGUGACCAUAACAAGGAACUGAAAGAUUGCCUGGAUAUUUUGAUCAUGACAAGUGAUACUCUACUUGUAGACAGGCUUUUGAAUUUUAGUAUAAAACUUGUGCCUCGUGGCAUACGUCAUCCAGUCUCUACUGAAAUUUUUCCUACUCUAUCCAGGAAUAAGUAUGGAACUGGAGCAGUUAGUAUUCAAGCUGGCAGUGCUUUGCUAGCUAAAGGUGGUAUCUGCUUUAUAGGAGACUUGGCUUCACACAAAAAAGAUAAACUAGAACAGCUUCAAUCAGUUGUGGAAAGCAGAAGCAUCACAGUAUACAUCCCAGGAAAGAAGUUUGGGGAUGAUAUUAAUCAACAAAUGACUUUUCCAGUUCAGUGCAGUUUUUGGUCUUUUGUUAAUAUGGAUUCAUCUUCAAGGAGAAAUAUGCAGAAAACCAACACUCUCAUUGGUCAGAUGGAUUGCAGUUUGAUUCCAGCUAAUCUUGUAGAGGCGUUUGGAUUAUUGAUUAACUGCAAUGAAUCAUCUUCUUGCUACCCACUUAUUUCUACUGUGCAACACACUUUAAAGAAAGCCAUCGAUCCUGAAGAGCUCCUUUAUGUAGCUUCUAAGAAGUUCACAACUGAAGAUUUUGAAAAGCUGCUGGCUUUUGCAAAGAAUUUGAAUGUAGAAUUCAGUUUGGAGGCAGAAAGAAUGAUCCAUGGCUAUUAUCUAGCAAGUCGCAGAAUCAGAACAGAUUCUAUAAGUGGAUCAAAACUGUCAGCAUCUGCAUUAAAAUAUUUAGUUUCCCUAGCUGAAGCACAUGCUCGACUGAACUUAAGGAAUAAAGUGCUUAAAGAAGAUGUACUAAUUGCAGCCUUAUUGUUUGAAACAUCUCUCACACUGAAAUAUGGGGCCACUGUAUUUUGUGUUGCUCCAAAUGCAGUAUUUCCAUUUGAAUUGUAUAAUGAAGAAUAUUUGGAGCAAAGGGAUAUCUAUUUGAAUGAAUGCCAACAGCAGCUUCAACAGUUUAUUGCCACAUAUGGACCUGGGACAGCUAUUUUCACUAGUGAUGAAUAGGCAAUCUGAGGAAAAUAAUUUUCUUCACUCAUAUUUAAGCAGUGGAAAGGUGUGAUUCUGAAGUAAUGCUUCAGGUAAUACUAUGUAUGGUAGUACAUUAGAAGGCUAUCUUAAAAAUAUAAAAGGUCUCAUUAUUAAAUAUCUGGUCGGGGGACCUGGGUGCCCCAGUUGGUUAAGCGUCCGACUUCAGCUCAGGUCAUGAUCUCACGGUUCGUGGGUUCGAGCCCCGCAUUGGGCUCUGUGCUGACAGUUCAGAGCUUGCUUCAGAUUCUGUGUCUCCCUCUCUGCCCCUCCCCUGCUCAUUCUCUCAAAGAAUAAAUAAACAUUAAAAAAAUAAAAAAAGAAUCUGGAAACUAAGCAAUGUUUAAAAACGGUCACUUUUAUGUAGUUCUACUUGUCACAAGAUGGCAAGAACAGUUUAAAUGAGAAUAUUUACCUAAAAAUAAAUCAUUUUUCUUGCACCUGUGAACCUGACAAAUGGAGUAAAUAACAGCAACAUAUAGAAGCACAAGCCUCCAAUUUAAGGACAUUUCCUACUUCAUUACUUUUUAUGUCCAUUAUAUAGUUUUGGAAGCCCUAAUUAUGAAUUCAGGGAAAGCUUGGAAAUUUUCCAUUUUUUAAAGCCAGGUUAAAUGAAAAAAAGUAAUUUAUAACAAAUCAAGGGGUAAGAAUUGGCUCCUUGAACCUAACUGGUUACAAGAAAGGCACCAAAAGGCAAAGAAACCCAAUUUGCAAACCAUCUUCAUUUUUGGAG